AUGCCAAACGGUCUUGAGGCCCGCCUGGUCUCUGUGGCCGUGCGGUUUGAGGAAAUCGAGCGGUGCAUUGCGCAGCUGCGCCAAAUGUCGCGUAGCGCACCGGACGCGGCAGCCGCGGGGGCGGCCUCCGCGACACGAGAAGCGACGGGUGCCCGCCAUCGUGACCCCGGAGACGUGCGGGAGCUGCAGCAGUGCGCGCGGGACACGCCGGAGGUGGCUGCGCUGCGGCGGUGGUGUUUGGCGCAUGGACUCUACAGCGCCCGUUUCCGCUGGGUGCCGAGCGAAUAUUACCAACAGCCGCUGCAGUGGCGGCGGGACGUUCUGGAGGCCCCCUCCAUUCACCACCUUUGCAAGUCCAUCGUGCUGGAGAACACGCACUGCCCCCACACGGACUGUGGCCGCCGCGAGAACUCUCGCUAUUAUAUCGCCGUCUUCCCGUACACGGAGAGGUUCGAUAACCGCCUCCUUACGCGCUUCGUGAUGGACAUGAACAAAGGCAUGGGAAAAAAGAAGUUUAACUUUCGCCUGGCAGACCCUGCAAAGGCGCUGCAGCUGACGGGCUUCAGUUACGGUGCGGUGGUCCCGGUCGGCACUACCGAGGAGGUGCCUGUUAUCAUCAGCGACCGCAUCGUGGAGCUCUCCCCCUCCGUGUUUUGGAUGGGCGGGGGCCACCUGGACUGCAAGCUGGGCGUGGAUGUGGCGGAGUUUAUCCGGGUUGUCAAUCCUCUCGUCGCCGACUUCACAACCCCGCUAACGGUGGAGGAGUUGGAGCGGUUGGUUGAACUAAAAAAAAAGGGGAAAAAGCGAAAAAAAAAGACAGAGGAAGAAUU